CGACAAAUAAUUUCCUCAUCAGAUCCCAAAAAGCCGUUCGGUUCGUCCCUCACAAUGGAAGUUUUCUAGCCCCUCCAACCAAGUUAUGAAGAUGGCUACUUCUCUCGUACUGAGUCGACUCUUCCUUUCUUACUCUGCAGCCGCGUCUACGACCACAACUCUAAGAUCACACUCUGGGUUUCUCUACUCUAGAACCCGAGGAAGAUGCACUCCUCGGUUCUGGAGCAGCAGGAGAGAGGCUGGGCCAAGGAUGGUUCCAUAUGGAUCGACGGUAUCGAAGGUGUUCAGGUCGAGGGCGAGUGAACGGUUCAGAUCCGAUAUGACAUUGUUUGAAACAAGGGCCGUGAAUGAAGAAGGGGACGUGUUCAAUGAACUGGUGAAGCAGGCGAGUGCAGCCUUGCUGAACUCGUACGCGAGGAAAGGGUUCCCUUACUCGGCGUGGGAAGUGAAGACUCUGAUGAUUCAAGGGUUGGUCUCAGAAGGUGCCGCGGCACGCCUAACCCAACGCUUUUUCAUUGCUAAUGAUGCUUGUAUUUAGUACUAAUGGGUUUAUUGAAGCCAUAGGGGAAGAUAGUCUUGGUUAAUGU